GCCGGGUGGCGGCGGCGGCAUGGCGGAGCCGAGCGGGGCGGAGGCGAGGCCCCCUAUUCGGGUCACCGUCAAGACCCCCAAGGACAAGGAGGAAAUUGUGAUCUGCGAUCGAGCCUCAGUCAAGGAGUUCAAAGAGGAAAUCUCCCGGAGGUUUAAAGCUCAGCAGGAUCAGCUGGUCCUGAUCUUCGCAGGCAAGAUCCUCAAGGAUGGAGACACACUGAACCAGCAUGGGAUUAAGGACGGGCUCACUGUGCACUUGGUCAUCAAGACCCCUCAGAAGACUCAAGAUCCAGCUGCUGCCACCGCUUCUUCCCCGUCCACUCCUGACCCUGCCGCAGCACCCUCCACCACCCCUGCCUCACCUACCACCCCUGCCCAGCCUUCCACCUCUGGCAGCACCGCUUCGGAUGCUGGCAGUGGGAGUCGGAGGAGCAGUGGAGGGGGCCCCUCCCCAGGGACUGCUGGGGAGGGACCCCCCAAUGCUACUGCGUCUAUACUCUCUGGCUUUGGGGGCAUCCUGGGGCUGGGCAGCCUGGGCCUUGGCUCUGCUAACUUCAUGGAGCUGCAGCAGCAAAUGCAGAGGCAGCUGAUGUCCAACCCUGAGAUGCUGUCACAGAUCAUGGAGAACCCCUUGGUCCAGGAUAUGAUGUCUAACCCUGACCUCAUGCGCCACAUGAUCAUGGCCAACCCCCAGAUGCAGCAGCUGAUGGAGCGGAAUCCAGAGAUCAGCCACAUGCUCAACAACCCUGAGCUCAUGAGGCAGACAAUGGAGCUUGCUCGGAAUCCAGCCAUGAUGCAAGAGAUGAUGCGGAACCAGGACCGGGCCCUGAGCAAUCUUGAGAGCAUCCCCGGAGGGUAUAAUGCUCUCCGCCGCAUGUACACGGACAUCCAGGAGCCCAUGUUCAGUGCUGCCAGGGAACAGUUUGGCAACAAUCCCUUCUCUUCCCUGGCCGGGAACUCCGACAGCUCGUCCUCCCAGCCUCUGCGGACUGAGAAUCGAGAGCCCCUCCCUAACCCCUGGAGCCCCUCGCCCCCCACCUCCCAGGCCCCCGGGUCCGGUGGGGAGGGCACCGGAGGAUCGGGGACCAGCCAGGUGCACCCGACAGUCUCGAACCCCUUUGGGAUCAAUGCGGCUAGCCUGGGGUCAGGGGUGUUCAACAGCCCAGAAAUGCAGGCGCUCUUGCAGCAGAUCUCUGAGAACCCCCAGCUCAUGCAGAAUGUGAUCUCGGCCCCCUACAUGCGCAGCAUGAUGCAGACGCUGGCCCAGAACCCUGACUUUGCUGCUCAGAUGAUGGUGAACGUGCCACUCUUCGCGGGGAACCCCCAACUGCAGGAGCAGCUCCGCCUGCAGCUCCCCGUCUUCCUGCAACAGAUGCAAAAUCCGGAGUCACUGUCUAUCCUCACCAAUCCCCGCGCCAUGCAGGCGUUACUGCAGAUCCAGCAGGGACUACAGACCUUGCAGACAGAAGCCCCUGGGCUGGUACCUAGUCUUGGGUCCUUUGGGAUGCCCCGGACUCCGGCACCCUCGGCAGGCAGCAACUCUGGGUCUACAGCUGAGGCCCCCGCCUCCUCGCCAGGCACACCAGCUACGUCUCCUCCCACGGGGACGUCCAGUGCCCAGCAGCAGCUCAUGCAGCAGAUGAUUCAGCUUUUGGCUGGAAGUGGAAACUCACAGGUGCAGACGCCAGAAGUAAGAUUUCAGCAGCAACUGGAGCAGCUCAACUCCAUGGGAUUCAUUAAUCGUGAAGCCAACCUGCAGGCCCUGAUUGCUACAGGAGGGGACAUCAACGCAGCUAUUGAGAGACUCCUGGGCUCCCAGCUCUCCUAAUCCCUUGGCCCCUGCCUCCUGCCUCUCCUUUGACUCAGUGCCAGCCUUUGGUGCCUCUGUCAGCCCCUGCCCUCCGCAGCUUGUCCCUCUGCCUUCUCGCUUGUCCUGUCCUAACAGCAGGGAGAUUUUAGAGGCACUGGUCCCGGCCCUGUAGCUCUGAGAAUUUCAGUUUUACUGCUGUCUCUUGACAGAGUCUUCUGUCCUGGUCCUCCCUGAGCAGAGCCCUUCGGACAGUUUGCAAUUCUGUUGAUUGGCCCACCUCCCUGCUACAGUCACUUUUCAAAGUCUUCAGACUUCUCAGUGGGACUGCAGCGUCGAGGAGGACCCAGCUGUCUGACUAGAAUAGAGUCUUCCACCAGUACCACUAUGGCUUAGCUUGUUUUAACAUGGAUUUUGGUAACUAUAUUCCUUCUGCCUCCUCCCCAACCCCAGCCCAACCAGCCUAGAAUGUCACGUUCCGAGGGUGAGGGACAGGUGAUCCAGGCUCUGGUUUUUCCUCCUCAACUUCUGUUCUGGUGACUUCAUCCACCACUUUCUCACCUUCUGUGUGGGGACUUCCAGGAACAGCGGAAGAUGCCUGUUGCCUUGUCCCGGGGCUGGGGGUGGGUGGGGGCUGAAACUUAGCGCUCUGGACAGGAGUCAACAGGCCUGGCCCCAGCUCAGUGUAGACUGGCGUGCAUGAGGAGGGAUUGGAAUUUCUUGGAGGACGAGAAUGGGCAAGAGCAAGCUUGGGUCUGGAAUUGACAGUUGGAGUGUGGAAGUGCUCGUAGAACUUCUAGUCAGGAGAACUCAGGCCCAGGCCUGCCAGAGGAGAAAUAAGAUCCCGGUAGAAUCGGAAUUGAAGACAGGGACUCCACAAAGCUAAGCAGUUUAGACUACAAGGAGUGAUGUCGGCUCCACUCUCUCAGACACACCCGUGCAUGUGCACACACACGCACACACACACAGGCUUCCAUAAACCCAGGACCUACCUGUAUCUUGCCACAGUCAUUUCUACUUCCUUCAAAGAAGGGGUGGAGAUCUGUCUCAGCAGGGAGGUAGCGUGCUUGUGUGUGUGUGUGUGUGUGUGUGUGUGUGUAUGUGUUAGGGUGGAUUAUUUGCUGAUUUCUGGUCUCUCUCACCAGAGACAAGUAGGUCAUAGGGCAAGUCUAGUGCAGGAGUAGUACAUCCGGGAGAGCUGGGUUCGUUGAACCUCUACGUGCUGGGUCACCAACAACCAGUGUGGGUACCUUCUGAAGCUGUCAGGCUGUGACUGUGACUGACCGCUUCCUGUCACUACUUUGGGGAAUAGCAGAGAGAUUUCUCACUUCAGAGUCCUUGGCCUUUCAGUUGUUCACUGUUUCUUUCCAGGCCAGAAACUGUUUUUGUUCGCUUGUUUGUUCGUUUGGGUUUUUGUGGUGCUGGGGAUUGAAACCAAGGUUUCACGCAUGCAAGGCAAGUGCUGGACCACUGAUCUACAUCCCCGGCACAGACUUCUUUUUGAGGAAGGAGAGGGGAGGGUGGCAAUGAAGCCUUUAAUCUGGAACUGGACAUUGCUCUCUGUUUGGGCACCGAGGAGGCUCAUAUCACCUCCCUCCAGCCCCCAGGCAUGGAGGGUCCCCUGGCUGAUGAUACGGAGGAGGCAAGAGGAACAGAAUUCUGCUCCAAAGUGGGAAAGGGUCCCAAGCAGUCCGGAGAUGUCUGCCCUUUCCCUCCCGACCUCCCCCAACACCCACACUGGCCUUUGUAAAUAAAUGGUGUGAUCUUUGUUGUGA